GUGUUUUAUUAAAUAAAUAAAUACAUAUGUAUAUGAAUAUAUACAUAUGUACUUUUGUGCAGAGAACACACGAGCGUAGAAGGACGAGCUUUGAGUUUUCCCUUUUUUAAUAACAAAUUACGAGUUUUCCAAUCAACUGCGGGAAAUUAAUGCAGCUCCUUUUUACUCGUAUGUAUGUAUAUAUUUGUUAACUUUCCUAAGGGCAGCGUGCCUAAUUUGGAUAUAGUAUGUAAAUAUGGCAUUCCUUUAACAUUUAUACAAAGACGUACAUAUAUACGUACUUUAUUUUUUUUGAAGCCGUCCGCUCCACAUUUCAAACAAACACAGAAACCGCAAAGCUUACGCCUCUGAGUACAGUAGCUACAUCAUAAGCCGGCGAAAUGACCGACCGUAUGUUCAGUUGGCACUGCGAUGGCUCUGAGAAUGUCUUUUAUACUGCAAAAGUACAGCAGCCGCUGCCGACCUACGCGCCGACGCAAUGCGUCGACUACAACAACAAUAGCAACAAUGCUGUCGGGCUGCGCUACUUCAACAUGCCCUCCUAUACGUCCCCACCGGUCAUGUUACAGCCCAAAUAUCCCCAGAACGGUUCCACGCCCACUCAGUUGGAUGUAUGUCAGUACGCUCAUGCUAACGGCAGCGCCUCCUGCUACAACCGCAACCGCUAUAUGCCAUACAAUCACAACCGCGCCUGCGCUGCCGCUGCUGCUGUAGCCGCCGUUACUGGUCAUCCGAUUGUAAAUCACCAACAACAACACCCGGCGACCAUGGCCUACAAUUACCCACAGUCCUUUGCGCCCAUCUACCAGCCUACGCAACUGCCGCCCACAUUGCCAAUACCGCCCAUCGCCAGUGCGAGCAUCAGCUUCUCUGGUCCGCCCAAUGUGAGCAUGUCUGCGGCCACCUCGCCCCCCGUGGUGGACUACACCUAUGCCAAUGGCUUGAUCAACACCAUGGCACCCAGUGCUUUGAACAUGCCCUGCUCCACAACUUCGUCCAUUGCGAGUAGCAGCAUGACAGAAACCAAUGUCAGCUUCAGUGGAUGCAACGGUAUCAGUGGACCCGCAGUUAGUCCACAUAGCUAUGCUAGCGUUACCGAUCCCAAUGACGCGGUCACCUUGCAAAUAACCAACCUGGAUUACUCUCUUGAUGAGACCAGCUUGCGCAACUUUUUGAUGAAUCAACUGAAACCAAUUACUCCAGUUGUAUCGCUUAAUUUUGAGGGCAGUUCGUAUGCCAAGGUCACCGUCCCAGAUCUUUAUUUUGCCAAGCAAGUGGUCUCCAAUUUGCACCGCAAGAAAAUUGGACACAAACGCAUGUUGGUCAGCUAUACCCGGGACUCUUCGCUUACUGAAGUCAAUACGUUGCGCUGCCAGGUUGCUGGACUUCUAAAAGAUGUUCCGUACUAUACACUGCCUAUGUAUAAGUUCCGUGAGCUCUUCCAGUCGCGUUUCAAAACCUCUAUAUGUGUAUUGGAUUUGUACAAAAUGCAGGACAUUUGUACCAUCAAUUCAGAUAAUAACGAGGAAAAGAUUAUUAGUUUGCAACCGGAGCUUGUGCGCUCUCUAGAGAACUCCCCACUCAUGGAGGGACUUCAGCAUAGUGUACCAUAUUGUACGGUUCACUUUAAGCGCGAGCAGCACAAAGGAUGGGCCGAGCAGGAGAUCGAGCCUCUCCCCAAUGUGUGUAUGACCAUAGCGGAAAUACAGCAGCUUAUAUACCCGUUGCUUAAACAGCAUCCUGGCGAUAUUCCGGUAGCCACGCUGGUGCACUGCAUCGAGGCGCAACUGAAGGUCCAGAUCACUGCCAACGAAAGCGGUGUCAAUCUGGAGCAUCUCGUGUGCUGUGUCCAGGGUGUACAAAUACAAGUCAAUAAUUUCGGAAUUAAGAUUCUUGGCUGGUUGGAGCUGAACAAGGAAAUGCCGAAUGUAAGCGGAGGCAGUACCUCAGGCAGCAAUUCAAACCUGAAUAAUAGCGAGCGUGGCACUGGCGGAUACUUUAAAAACUCUGUGGCGGACCCCUUGUCGCAGAUAUCCCGUGAGGUUAUCGAGCUUGUUAAGAUGUCGCCUAAGUCAACCAUGAAGUUUAAUCGCUUCAUUCCGGCUUACCACAAUCAUUUUGGAAAACAAUGCCGCGUUGCCGACUACGGCUACACCAAACUGAUCGAGCUCUUCGAAGCCCUUUCUUCGGUGGUUCAGAUCAUGGGCGAAGGGGAGAAUCGUCAGAUCACCCUUCAACACCGUACACAAGUGCGACGCUUCACUUCGGAUCUGUUGCGUGUCCUGCGCGCUAAUGGCAACAAUUCGGUGCUUCUUUCUCAGCUACCGGGAAUAUUCUCGCAGACGCAGAAUCGAAGUUUCGAUGUGACCGACUACGGAGUCUGCGAUAUUGUAGAUAUCCUGGACGGCUUAGUCAACUCGAACAUUGUAGUGGUGACCAGAGUGCAGCAGGGAAAAGAUAUAUUAAUAUCGAUCCCAAAACGGAAGCAGACGAACAGCGAGUUAGAGAAAAUAAGUAUAUUUGCCGGCGAAAUGGUGGAGCUGUUCCAGAACGCUCUGCAAUAUAGCAUUCUGUUUCAGAAAUUUGUACGCUCCUACCAUUAUCACUUCGCGUACCAGUGUCGGUUGAGCGACUACGGCUUCCUCAAACUGGCAGAUCUUAUGGAUGCCAUACACGGCGUAGUCGAAAUGGAAGUGACCAGUGAUGAGGACAAAAAGAUCUUUCUCUCGCCAAAAGUGGCCAGACGCGUGUUUGCCGUGCAGUGCGAGGAUUUAAUACGGAGCGUUACAGGAAACUCGACCAGUUGUAUGAAACUAGAACAAGUGCUGACCCUGCAUAAGAAGAAAUAUGGCUACCAGAUGCUGCCCCAAACCUUAGGAGUGGCCGAUAUAACCUCCGCCAUUGAGCUGCUGCCCUAUGUUGAGGUAGUGCAAAAAGAGCAGGCCACCUGGAUGAUAUGUCACAACGAUGACCUGGAAUUCCGACAGCUCUGCUACCGUGCUUGCAAGCAUCUGUUGCAGCGAGAGGCAACUCUCACGAAGAAGGCAACAUCAGAGAGCUCCCAGCAAUCGCAACCUCUGAGCACAGACCAGUUUAUGCAUGAAUUUAAUGUUAAGUAUAAAAUGCAGCUCACUAGUUCCUCACUUUUAGCUAUGCGCCAUUUAAUUGAGAUUUAUACCGAGACAGAUCAGGAGUGUGUCCGUCCAAGCCCUUACAUACGCUUUCUCAUGUCAAUUGUGCGGCUGCUAGAGCAGCGACCCAGCAUGUAUUUGCAUGAGAUAAAGAGCGCUUUGGAAUGCGGCAUAGCUACUACUUUUGAAUUUGGCUUUCCCAAUCUAUAUUCCGUGAUAGCGGCACAUGAGGAUCUUUUCACAAUUAACAAUGGGCCCACACAGGAACGCAGUGAUGUAUCUCUAAAUGUGAACUGCGAUUUGCGUCUUAGCUCGGGGGCCAGUCACCAGCAUCUCUUCGGAUCGCUAAAGCUACCAUAUGCCAAGCACAAAACUCGCACUGCUAGGACACCUUUAGGCGAGCACAAUCGACCCCCACCUACUCAGGCACCACCCCCAAACAAAAUGCGCGCUAUAGCCAACGAAUAUAUCAACAGUUUCAAUGUCAACACACCUGCUGGUGUCGGCUUCAAACCACAGGUUAAUUCAUCCAAGAACUUCCAGCACUACCAGGAGAACUUUGGGGCCGCCUCCACUACUGGCGGUUCUAUGAUGCCUCAAAAGUGCUCGCCUCCAUUCCCAACCAGUAACAAUGUCUGCCAUAAAAUGCAGCCGAGUGCCAACUCUUCAACAAUCUCGUCGAAUAUGCUGAACAGCACAAGUUCGCCCAAUCUUAGCCUGUGCAGUAGCUGCAACAAGGAGAAUUCCCUUAACAGUUCAUUAAAUUUGUUUAACUCGUCACUCAACUCAUCCUGUGAACUAAACGGCAGCUUGUGCAGUGACUUCGCUAUUGCCUCGAGCACAGCUAUCACGGCCCCCCCGUAUGGUCCCCCCACUAAGCUGUGGCAUCGCCGUCAGACCAACAACUACCAGCAACAGCCGAAUCCACAUCAAUUGAUGACGGGCUGCUUCGAUGAGGGACUGCUGAUGGGACAGUCAAAUAUUGAAAGUGGCAAUACCACCACAGAUUUGUAUGAUAUGGUCAGCUUGAAUGUGGCGCCCUUUAGUUCCAUCUAUGAGCCACCUAAGCCAGAUACUCCACCACGACAGAAAUUACCAUUCUGGCUCGACCCCGUAUGGAGCAAUCAGACCGACGUGCCAGCACAAGCUAAAAAUAGUUUGCUCAACAUACGUCUGCCUGAAAUCAAGUCCUUAAAUGUUUUGCCUAUGCUUCUGUCACCCUACACAUUAUCAAAGAAUGAGAAUAUGAAACGUCAGCUGUUUAAUUUUGAAAAUCACGAUCGCAAGAUUGCCUAAGAUUCUUUUUUUAAUGUUUUAAAGAUGCGCUAUGGUGUUCGAAGCCAGAAUUAUCUUCUGCAGUACGCCUUAUUUUAUAAACUAUUACACGAUCAAGCAUUUCGUAUUGUUCAUAGGUUAUAGCAUAAGGAUCAAUUUGUAACUUUGUUAAGAUUAUUAUCAAUUUGUAUGCUGUUUGUAGAACAAAAUAGCAAUUAUUUCGUUUUUUGCCUUUGUUUAUAACAAAGUUGUUAGUUAAGCCUGAUGUACACUUAAAAAAAAAGGAAACGCUUAACAAAAUAAGAAUGCAUUUAAAAUAACUGUCAGAAAUUGCUGCUUACCUGAAAACAGUUAGUAGAUACGUA